CUGUGAUUGCACGUAGUAGUAGUUUAGAAGAAGGUCGUUCCAUUCUCUUCCUCAGAGGAGAGAGAGAAAGGGACCAAACAACACCCAUCCAAGAACCCCACAAAAGGAGAAUUUUUAUUUUUUUUUCGGGGGAGAAGAAAGAAGUGCGUCGUCAUUCUUGAGGCAAAACAACAAGAGCAAGAACCAACCACCCCUCCCCCUCCCUCUCUUCGUCUUCCUCCGUGGCCCAUCGAAUCCAAUUAUCCUCCAGCUCGAUCGCCUCCCCUCGCCUCGCCUCGCCCUGGAAAUCCGCCCCGGUCUUUUAGCCCCCAUAAAAAUCCGGCCUUUUGAGGUCAACCUGGGACUCUGAUGCUGGGUUUCUAGGGGCCAUGGCGGCGGCGGUGGUGCCUGCGAGGCUGUUCGUCCUGCGGAUGCUGCGUGUGGUCAGGCUCAACCCUCUCCAGCGCAGUGCGGCGAGCAUCGUUGAGGAUAUUUCUUGAAGCACGAUUCAGAUUGUGAAGAGAUAUUGGUUGAUUAUACAGCUGGAUAGGUUGAGCUACUCAUUUGGCUGAUUAGUUCAGAACAGUGAAGAGUCAGCAUUGUAUAUUUCGAUUGUGUUGACUCUCUAAUUUUGAGUUGGUGGACUUGAUGUGAAGACAGCAAAACCCUCACAGGCUGGGUUCAUUUCACAGCAACGGGGGAUCGCAUAUGAUCAUUGCAGGCCUCUUGUUUUGAUUGACAAAAAUGGGGGCAAAGGUAGAAGGUGACAAUUACAUGCUUGGAUAUUAUGCCAUGGGGGAUUUCAACAUAGAUGCAAAUGGUAGGUGGUCUCCAUACCAUGAGGAGAAGACAUCAAAUGGUCACAUGUGCAAUGGCUUCAUUGCAAAACCGACAAAUGUUUAUUCAGAGUACGACAAAGAGAUGCUCACGCGCACUAUGCUUGAACAUGAAGCUAUAUUUAGACAACAAGUUUAUGAAUUGCACCGGGUUUACAAAAUACAGAGAGACAUGAUGAAACAGUAUCAAAACAAAGAUAUAUAUGCAUACCCAAUGCUGGAAGAUGCAUCAAAGACAAAUUCACCAACAGUUCCACCAAAUGGUGCAAAGAUGAUUUGGCCCAUUCAGACACCUCCCAUGUCCAUAACAUACAGAAAGGCUCCUAUUGCAGAGCAUGGUGUUAUGAAUCAUUCCUUGAAGUUCCUUAGAGAAGGCAGUGUGCAGUCCUCUCCAAAUGGGUUCCCCCCUAGCGAUGCUUUGAAUGCCAAACAAGGCACUUUUGACCUUCAACUGUCAGCGGAUCAUUAUGUUGAUGAUGACAAUGCAUCAGAGAAUGAUCCUAUAGAUUUCCUUGGUGUAGCAUCAGAGAAAAAACCUCAGAAUAAUGCUGACCUCACAUUAGUUAGUCCGGAAGGUUUAGGGAGGUUCAGUGAUAAUAGUUCAACCUCUGGAUUGCAUGCUACAAAUAAUUUAGGAGGCCGGCAAGUUGUUGACCUGAAUGAGCCAAUUACAGGAACAUAUAUGGGCAGAGCUAACGGGCCAGGAUCCAGAGGUCUUUCCUAUACCAUGGAGAACUCAUGGCACCAAUCUAUAUUGAGACCAAGCACAGCUAACAUCAACUUCAAUAAAGAAUACUCCAAAGAGAAACAUUUGGAUGAAGGAACAAGCUCAAAUUUCUUUGCUACAAAUGCCAAGACAAAGCAGGAGGAGAAACUGUUAAUUGAUAAAGGUAAACAGGUCAGCAGCAUACAUGUCUUCACACCCAGAUACAGUGAUGCAACGCAAAUGUCCAUGAAAGGCGUUGAUGGGAGAUCAGCAAGCAAUACCCAGUUUCUUCACCAAGGUCAAAAUAGUUCCGCUGGAUGGUUCGCAAGAAGUUCUCUGGAAGCCCCUGCCAUCAAUAAUUUUCCUAGACUUGACCGCUUGCAUCAUUCAAGUCUUGGUGCACUUGGUGCUCCAAUGACUGCUCCUCGUAUAGACCAUCCCUCAGGUGCUUCCCCGAUAGGUUCCUGUACAUUAGACCCAAGGAGCAGUGCUGUCAAUAAUGCUACAUUCCAACCAAUUCCAAGCUUCAAAGGUUCUUCAACUGUGAACCAGAGCAUUGGAACUUCAGUUCUUAAGGUGAAGAAAAAUGAUGGCUUAGAUGGCAGCUGUCCAGGUUUUGCACUUGAUCCAUUUUGUGAAUCAAGAUCACGACACCAGGUAACAAUUUCAAGUGACGAGGAGCAAACUGAGUGCUUGAUGUUUGAACAUUCAGCACGGCAUUGUGAGGAUCCUCAUUUUGCAAAUGACAAGGGCCCAAAGAACUUUAACUUGAAUGAAGCAUUGUCAGAUGGACAGGAAGAUUGUCUUGUAGAACAAGAUGGGGGCAGUGUUAGUAGCUUAGCUCAUAGUAAAGCCGGUGGAUCAGUUCUUGGGUUCCCUUGGCUCAUGAAAACAACAGAUACAUGUACUCGUCCAUCAGAUCUGCAAAAUCCAAGGAAGGUUUUUACCCAUUCAAACAGGACUGUAAUCGAUCUGAAUAACAACGACAGGAAAGAAAUACCUUCGACUAUUCAUAGCCUGUCAGAUUCUGCUUCGACAUCCCUAGACUGUGGGGUUAAGAAGGAAUCCCAAGAUUGUGGGGUUAAAAAGGAUGAGUUGUGUGAGGACAUUACCACUAGAACUCAGCUGGUAUGUAACACGACUCAGGAGAGUGCUACAUGUUUACCUUUUUUAUGCCAGAAAUAUGCGCCUGGAGAUGAUAAAGCUGCUAAAGGAGUCGACAAGAAAAGCGGUGCUCCCGUAAGGAAUUUCAUUGAUUUGAAUGAUGAUGCACCAAAUGAGGACAAUUCAGAGUCGUCUGUGGUGUCACAUGAAUGUCAUGUGGCCUCCUUACAGAACAACCAUGGCAAACGCAAGUUUGUCAUUGAUUUAGAAGUGCCUGCUUGUGAAGAGGGUGCUGCCUGGACUUUUAAUCAGGAAUGCACACCUUCUGAUAAGCUUGAUGCAACCCAGGAGGCUGAUGAUGCAUAUUUUACAUCCACUAGAAUUGCAGCAGAGAGCAUUGUUGCUUUGUCCAUGCAUGUGCCAACAAUUGCAGAAACGUCUGAUGAUAUGCUGCAGUGGUUUGCAGAUUUUGCUGUAUCAAGCACUGACUACCAUGACGAGCAAGCAGAAGUCCAAGAUUGCACCAAUAAUUCCAGUGAUGACGGUCCGGAUUCAUUUGAAUCGUUGACACUGAAGCUGGAAGAGACCAACAUUGAUGAGUACUGGAGCAGGCCACGGGCACCUGAAAUACCAAACGACGAACAAGCAGGACAAUCAGUGAACCUUCUCACUAAGCCAAAAAGAGGUCCGCAAAGGAGGAGGCGACAGAAGCGCGAUUUUCAGAAAGACAUAUUGCCUGGCCUUACAUCACUUGCGCGACCUGAAAUCGUAGAGGACAUUCAGUUACUAGAGGGGUUAGUACAGGCAUCUGGUGGAUCAUGGCAGUCGAGUUUAACCAGGCGAGGAAGAUACGGUGGGCGUCCAAGAGGUAGAAAACCUCGGAAAAUUCUGUCAGAAACUAUAGAGGAAGAAGAAGUACUGGUUACUCCACCGGCAAAACCUGAUGCUGCAGACAUAGAAGCUAGUGAUAGGGGGAUCAUUGGUUGGGGAAGAACAACGAGACGUUGUCGCAGACCGAGGUGUCCACCAGGCUAUAAUAUUUCUGCCGCAUCUUGAAUAAGAAGAUGUCGACAGCAAACACAUCGGAUUAUAUUUGGAUUUGUGGUAGAGAUCUUGAUGGAGGUAUAAGAAGGUAAGUAUAGCCAUGAGUGCACAUACCUCGUUGGCCUAUUUUGGGCUCCCAAAGACAUGCUUUGGGGUUGAGACAUGGUGUACAUUUUUAAUAAGAAAUUCUUAAAUUAGUUCAUAAGAUAUUUCUGCAACAACAUUGUAUUAAGCUGUUCCAAUCAAAUAUGGUAUGAUUCGUUAUGAGAA